GGGACGGGAGCCCGAGACUCCGCGGCGCAGUGGGCACGGCCACGCAGCCGGCCCGCACGCGGAGAGAGAUGGUCGCGGCCGGCGGCGCGCACACCGUGCUGCUCCGGAGCGACGGCACCGCCGUGGCCUGCGGCCUGAACCACCACGGCCAGCGCGACCUCCCUGCGCCGCCCGAGGGGCGGGCCUACACCCAUCGGAGAAGGAAACCGUGGCCGCAGGGGGGGAACACGGGGCGCACACCGUGCUGCUCCAGAGCGACGGCGCCGCCGUGGCGUGCGGCCACAACGGCCUCGGCCAGUGCGGCCUCCCGGCGCCGGCGGCAGGCCAGACCUACACCCAGGUGGCCGCGGGAGGCGCGCACACCGUGCUGCUCCAGAGCGAUGGCACCGCGGUGGCGUGCGGCCACAACGGCCUCGGCCAGUGCGUCCUUCCGGCGCCGGCGAAGGGGCGGGCCUACAUGCAGGUGGCCGCAGGGGAGCAGCACACCGUCCUGCUGCAGAGCGACGGCAUCGCCGUGGCAUGUGGCUGGAAUGGCCAUGGGCAGUGCCGCCUUCCAGCGCCGGCAGGGGGCCAGACCUACACGCAGGUGGCCGCAGGGGGGGAGCACACGGUGCUGCUCCAGAGCGACGGCACCGCCGCGGCGUGUGGCUGGAAUCGCCACGGGCAGUGCGACCUUCCGGCGCUUGCGCAGGGCCAGAUGUAUACCCAGGUGGCCGCUGGAGGGAGGCACACUGUUCUGCUCCGGAGCGAUGGCACCGCCGUGGCGUGUGGCGACAACGGCCAUGGCCAGUGCGACCUUCUGGCGCCAGCAGGGGGCCGGGCCUACGCGCACGUGACCGCAGGCACGGUGCAUACCGUGCUGCUCCAGAGCGAUGGCACCGCUGUGGCGUUUGGUUGGAAUCACUAUGGCCAGUGUGACCUUCCAGCGCCGGCGGAAGGCCUGACCCACGCUGCCGACCUCCUGCCCACUCUGCUGCUGCAGGCACACCUGGACGGCGGCUCGGUGUGCUUCGUGACCCUGGGCGGGGAGGAGCGCUACCGGAUCAGGGCGGCACCCGGCGAUCGCCUCGCCAGCAUUCGCCAUCAGCUGACGGCGACUCACCUGGAGCGCGGGCCCGGCCCAG